CCGGGGGCGGCUGGUGCGCGGUAGGGUGGAUCGCCCUCCCCCGAGGCUGCCGCUUGCCGGCGGCCCUCCCCUGGCAGCUCUCCCGGGCUCUGCCCAGUGCCGGGCUCGCUGUUCGCCGAGGAGCUUCGCUCGCUCGCUCGCGUUGCAGGAGCCGCCUUCUGCCGCACGCAGCGGGCUGGGCGUCUCUCUCUCUCGCUCACCCCCGAUCUGAAGCGGCGUCGCCCCCCCUCCUUCCUUCCUCCUCCUCCUCCUCCUCCCCGCCUGCCAGCCAAGCUCGCGCCCCCGCCCCUCCUCCCCCCGCUGCCAGCCGGAGCCGAAGCCGGAGCGGAGCCCGGGCGGCUCAUUGCGGAGCGAAGCUGCAGCCGCGAUGGCCACGACCGUGACCUGCACCCGCUUCACCGACGAGUAUCAGCUGUACGAGGAAAUUGGCAAGGGGGCUUUCUCAGUUGUGCGGCGCUGUGUCAAACUCUGCACUGGACAUGAAUAUGCGGCAAAGAUUAUCAACACCAAGAAGCUCUCAGCCAGAGAUCAUCAGAAGUUGGAGCGAGAAGCUCGAAUUUGCCGUCUCCUGAAGCAUUCCAACAUCGUUCGCCUCCAUGAUAGCAUAUCUGAGGAAGGCUUCCACUACCUCGUCUUUGAUCUGGUCACGGGCGGGGAGCUCUUUGAAGACAUUGUUGCCAGGGAAUACUACAGUGAAGCCGAUGCAAGUCACUGUAUCCAUCAGAUAUUAGAAAGCGUAACUUACAUUCACCACUAUGCCAUUGUGCAUAGGGACCUGAAGCCGGAGAACCUGCUUCUGGCCAGCAAAUGCAAAGGAGCGGCGGUGAAGUUGGCAGACUUCGGCUUGGCGAUUGAGGUGCAAGGAGACCAGCAGGCCUGGUUUGGCUUUGCAGGCACUCCUGGCUAUCUCUCUCCUGAAGUUCUACGCAAAGAAGCUUAUGGCAAACCUGUGGAUAUCUGGGCAUGUGGUGUUAUUCUAUACAUCUUAUUGGUUGGGUAUCCGCCUUUCUGGGAUGAGGAUCAGCACAAGCUGUACCAACAGAUUAAGGCCGGAGCCUACGAUUUUCCUUCUCCUGAGUGGGACACAGUCACUCCCGAAGCAAAAAACCUCAUAAACCAGAUGUUAACCAUCAAUCCAGCAAAGAGAAUCACAGCUCACGAAGCUCUAAAACAUCCAUGGGUCUGUCAACGUUCAACAGUGGCCUCCAUGAUGCACAGACAGGAAACCGUAGAGUGUCUGAAAAAGUUCAAUGCCAGAAGGAAGCUCAAGGGUGCAAUUCUUACCACUAUGUUGGCAACGAGAAACUUUUCAGUGGGCAGACAGACCACCGCUCCUGCCACAAUGUCUGCAGCAGCAGCAGCCUCCGGUGCCACCAUGGGUUUGGUGGAGCAAGCUAAGAGUUUACUGAACAAGAAAGCUGACGGCGUGAAGCCUCAAACAAACAGCACCAAAGGCAGCACCGGAGUUACCAGCCCAAAAGGGACCCUUCCUCCAGCCGCGCUGGAACCUCAAACCACCGUUAUCCAUAACCCAGUGGACGGCAUUAAGGAAUCCUCCGACAGCACAAACACCACCAUAGAAGAUGAGGACACGAAAGUUAAGGCUGCUGAUAAUGAGCUUGUAAAAAGCCAGUUGAAUCCAGGAUCUGUCCCUGAACUUCCUCCCAGUCUGCAGACUUCUCCGAUACCAUCUGCUGCUGCUGCUGCUGUUGCUGCUGCUUUACCCAAGCUGACUGAUGUAUUAGGCAUGGUGAAAAAGGGAUCAGGGGCCCCUGAAGCUGAAGAGUCAAAGACUUUGGUCUCUCCACCCUGCAUAUCUCCAGCUGUUGCAAACCCUCUACCUCCCCAGUCUGCAAAGCUUUCUGAUGUAUUAGGCAUGGUGAAACGGAGCUCUGGGCCACCAGAAGCAGAAGAAGCAAAGCCUUCCAUCACUUUGCCCUUCGCUCCUUCUGUUGUUGCAAAUCCUGUUCCUCUCCAGUCUGCCAAACUGUCUGAUGUAUUAGGCAUGGUGAAAAAGGGGUCUGGGCCUCCAGGGGCUGAAGAGUCAAAGCCUUCCAUCCCUCUGCCUGGCCCAUCUCCAGGGGCUGCAAAUCCUCUUCCUUUCCAGUCUGCAAAACUCUGUGAUGUAUUAGGCAUGGUGAAAAAGGGCUCUGGGCUUCCUGAAGGCGAAGAGCCCAAGUCCUCCAUCACCCUUCCAUGCCCACCUUCAGGUGCUGCCAACCCACUUCCUCCCCAGUCUGCCAAGUUGUCUGAUAUUCUAAGCAUGGUGAAACGGGGCUCUGGAGCCCCAGAAGCUGAGGGGCCACAGCCAGCUGUCACCCAGCUUUUCCCAAUUCCACUCAUCCCAAAUCCUCUGCCUUCAGAUCCCCGCAAGCAGGAAAUCAUAAAGAUUACAGAGCAGCUGAUUGAGGCUGUGAACAAUGGGGACUUUGAGGCAUAUGCAAAAAUAUGUGAUCCAGGCCUAACUUCAUUCGAACCAGAAGCCUUGGGCAACCUUGUUGAAGGGAUGGACUUCCACAGAUUUUAUUUUGAAAACUUGUUAUCUAAGAACAACAAGCCCAUUCACACAACCAUCCUGAACCCUCACGUGCACGUCAUUGGGGAAGAUGCAGCCUGCAUUGCCUACAUCCGCCUGACGCAGUACAUUGAUGGGCAGGGCCGCCCUCGCACUUGCCAGUCGGAGGAGACCCGCGUCUGGCACCGCCGCGAUGGCAAGUGGCAGAAUGUCCACUUCCACUGCUCGGGAGCACCUGUGGCACCACUCCAGUGAAGAGCUAAUGCUGGAUAUUCUGGUUUCAUCUCGAAGGAGACGGUGAUUUGAGCUGAGCCGCUAGCCGGGAGCAGCGGUGACAAGCACGUGCCCGCAUGCUCGUGUGUCCCCCCCCCCGUUCCCCUUCCCCAUCCUCUCCUCUUUCAUUUCCAGUGCCUGUGUUUGCAGAAAAAAAAACAAAAAACCCUAAUCUAAAAAAAGGAAAAAGUAUAUAUAUAAAAAGGGAAAAAAGAAAAAAUCCAACCAGACUUGAUUCUAAAUCAAUAAAAUAAAUCAGCAAACCCAGCCGAACCAACCCAGCUGUCCGACUCACAGCGUGGCCACACUGCGCCUCCCAAAUCCCCACCAACUCCAUUUCUUUGUGUCCGUCCGUCCGGCUGUUCAGGUGACCAGGUGUUGCAAUGAAAAAUGUCUCAACUUCAAACAAACAAAACAAAAACAAAAAAAGGCUCCACCUCCCUGUGUCGACCCCAGUGUUGAACGGUGUUAGUUUGUUAGGUGAAAUAUAUAUAAAUAUAUAUAUAUAUAUAUAAAAAACAAAAAACCCAGAAAAAAAACUUUUACAGUAUUUGCAUUCUCUGCCAAAGCAUGGGCCUUCUCCAGUGGUCGUGUUCGCGCUUGGAAGUCUGUGACCUGUGUUACUGUUUGUUUUUGCGGAGGGUGCUCUUUCUGAGCUCUCGGGCUGACCGUUUUUUUUCUCCUCUAGCUGUGAUUGUGGAUUAUGAUGAUGAUGAUUAUAAUUAUUCAGACUCUUUA